AUCGGUCUUCUUCAGAGACUUUGAAGAUGCCAAUUGUUCAUCUUCGAACAUAAAACUAGCAGAGACAAAAUGAAGGCCUCUUUUGUCGAAAUCGAUCGAUUCAAACUCAGUUCACUCUCCCUCCCUUCGCUUUGCCCUUGCGAGCAUGGUGUGUCAUCGAAGACACUAGCAUUCAAUAAAUCCGCCUCGAAACUGAAACUGAAAGUAAUAUUGACUUGCAAUGAAUCCAGAUCCCUCGUUCGGGUUCCUCGGGACCGGAGGUUUGGUGUGAACAGAAAUUGUCGGACACUUACGGCUGUCGCCCGAGCUGAACCUAAUCAGAUCAACGAAGGAGAAGCCAAAGGAUUAUAUCCGGAAGUCGACAAAGGCCCUAAUUCGGAACAAAUUGAAGUCGACGCUGGGAUGGAUCGUAAUGAUAAUUUAGCUUCUGAUCGUCACCAGAGAGCGAGUCAGUUGAAGAAAAGGAUUGUUUUCGGGAUUGGGAUUGGAAUUUGUGUCGCUGGGAUUGUGUUAGCAGGGGGAUGGGUUUUCACGGUUGCUCUGGCUGCUGCUGUUUUUGUGUGUGCACGUGAGUAUUUUGAACUGGUCAGAAGUCGCGGAAUUGCCAAGGGGAUGACACCUCCUCCCCGAUAUGUAUCUCGGGCUUGCUCUGUUAUCUGUGCUCUCAUGCCUAUAUUGACACUGUAUUUUGGUCAAAUAGAUGUUUCUGUGACUUCAGCUUCUUUUGUUGUUGCGAUGGCAUUGCUUUUACAGAAAGGAAAUCCUCGUUUUGCUCAGUUGAGUAGUGCCAUGUUUGGGUUAUUUUAUUGUGGUUAUCUUCCAUGUUUCUGGGUUAAGCUUCGGUGUGGUUUAGCAAUUCCAUCAUUAAAUAGCGAAAUUGGAACUUCAUGGCCUAUUUUUCUUGGUGGCCGAGCACAUUGGACUGUGGGUCUUGUGGCAACCUUGAUUUCUAUCAGCAGCAUAAUUGCAGCUGAUACUUAUGCUUUUAUAGGUGGAAAGACAUUUGGUCGGACACCACUUACUAAUAUUAGCCCUAAGAAGACAUGGGAAGGAGCUAUUGCAGGCUUAGCUGGUUGUAUAGCCACUGCACUCAUAUUAUCAAAGAUUCUGCACUGGCCAACAUCUUUACUGAGUGCUGCAGCUUUUGGAUUCUUGAAUUUCAUGGGAUCUCUAUUUGGUGAUCUUCUUGAGUCAAUGAUUAAACGUGAUGCUGGUGUCAAGGACUCUGGGUCCCUCAUUCCUGGACAUGGUGGAAUACUUGACAGGGUGGACAGCUACAUUUUCACUGGUGCACUUUCAUACUCUUUUGUCAAAACAUUCCUACCACUUUAUGGAGUUUGAAUCUUAAAAUCCCAUCAAUAACCACUCAAAAAAAUAAGGAGAGGCAGGAGAUUCCUUAUUCUUCCAUUUUGUAAAAAUUGCUGGAACAGUAGGUACAUGUGCAGAGUUGGGAACAUGGGAUCAUGGUGCAUUUAUCAUCUCAAUAAAGAAAACUGGGUUUAGGGUUCUAUCUUCACCAGAUUAGGCAGUUUCUCAGUGAAAUCACUGUUCAGGACAACUGGAGUCACCUCAUUUGCAUUAUUCUUGCCUGUGAGAUGAUCAAUACUUGGAUACAGGGUGUCUCUUGCUAUGAAUCUGAGCAAAGUAAUGAAAUUUGUCAGCAUGGACGGGUCUGUCUUGGAUACAGUUGCUUCCGAGGGCAAUAUAUAUGGCAAGAUUUCCUAUUCUGUUAAUGAAAGUAAAAAUUUUAGUUAUUCAAUCUUACAGAAUGCCACCUCAGUAUAUAUAUCAUGUGUUUCUGCAGAAGACAUUAAAAGCUUCAAUUCUGUAAUUGGCCAUUUGGCAAGAUGUGGCAAAGAAAAGAUUCAUUUUUUUUUGUUCUAUA